AUGUCAAACACCGAUCUUCCUAAUCCCGAGCGCCGCCGCAAACCAGCCAACAUAUACUACUCACUCCCAUACUUCGAAUCAGUCAUGUACUCCUACGUCUUCGUCGGCUCGUUCACCUUGACCUGGGUAGCCGACUACCUCACCAUAGUUGGAAAAACAUGUAUGUGGACCGGGUUCGCCGUAACGUGCGCACUAGUGAUCGCCCUCCACCCAAUGAUCACCACCGAUCGGAUAAGACCCGAUGAGAAUGGGAAUCCCAUUACAGUACGCCGUCCGCUGGUCGGGUUUAAAAGAUGGGAGUUUGCUUUGGAUAUCGAGAGUAUUGAGAAUGGGCUUUAUGAUGAUCCGGAUGGGAAUCAGGAUGAGAGACUUCAUGAUGGGUGUCGGUAUACAUAUGCUUGGAUUCGGAUAUAG